AUGGAUAUCAUUAGGAAUUUCGUUACCUUAGGACAGUUAGAGUUACUGCCGCCGGCGGGAGCUGAUGUAGAUCAACCAGAGAAGAAAAGGAAGUCUAGUGAGCCUGCUAAACCUGAGACCAAUCCUCUUGUUCAACAAGUGUUUAAAACUCUACGGUCUUCUGUUAAGCAAAAGGGUUCUGUUGCUGUUCAACCUACUGUCGUUCCCACAUCCUCUGCCAGAAAAGGGAAACCUUCUACUCGUGCCAGAGGUCGGAGCAUUACACAUGAGGUUCAGGCUGUUGAGGGUCCUGACACAUCCCUCUACAAACCUCAGUUUGUUUCCCCUACUGCUCAGGCCAAGUGGUCCACCAUGGUCAGAAGAGAUCUGAUAGUCCAAAGAUCCGUUGAUGAAAAUCAAAUGAAUUCAGUUUGUGAUGUUCUGCCUUUGCUGAGCGAAGUGGGUUUGCUGAAGACUGUCACUGCCAUCUGUCCUUAUUUGAAGUUGCUCACCUAUGAAUUUUACUGUAAUCUAAAUGAUGAGAUGGACAAUUUGUCUGGAGUGCGUCCGAUGCAGAUUUUCAUUCGUGGUAAAUGGUAUGUGUUUGGCCCUGACAUGAUCAACGAGUACUAUGGCCUGCAAGGAGUUCAGGAGGAAGUUAUUACUGAUUGGGAUGUAGUAGCCAAAACGAUCACUGGUAGACAAGCUGAUAGAUGGCCUACUGGUGAUAAGGAUACUCUACCUAGCUCUCAGCUCACCUCCAAGUAUGUGAUUCUUCAUCGUCUUGCACUGCAUAACUGGCUCCCUUCGGCUUAUUUCCAUACUGUUGGCAAGCAAUUGGCCAGUUUCCUAUUCAGAAUUGGAACAAAGAUGACCAUUGAUCUGGGGUCGUGGAUCUACUACCACAUUCUCACUCUGACUAGAGAACAGAAGGUACGACUGCCCUUUCCCAAUUUGAUUUUUGGAAUUCUUACAUCUCAGGGCCUUGAGCCUAUGGCGAGCGAGGUGAUCAGUCCGACUCUUCUCUACACGGUUGACCUGCGUCUCUUGACUGGACAUCAUAUAUGUGAUGUUACACCGGUGACUGCCCCCUCCAAUUCUGAAGCUGAUACUGUGGCGGAUGACUUGCCGCAUGCACGGGAUCUUCAACUCUCUAUCCAAUUGAAGGCAAGAGUCUCUGAGCUCGAGACAGUUCAUGGCAUAAUCGCUAAACAGCUGACAGGGGCUCGUACGGCAUUAGCCACUGUUCUUCUUCGUUUAAGCCUGACUGAGGCCACUGCUGCUAAUCCUGUGAAGUCUGACAGUGAGACUCCCUCCAACGCUUGA